AUGCCAGGACCGAGAACGCCAUCAAGAAUCACUGGAACGCCACCAAGCGUCCGCCAGAACUCACGCCGGAAGCAAACCUCCGCCAAGUCAUCAACGCCACCCGACAACGACAACGACAACAACAACAAUGGCAAAACUCAGUCGUCCUCAUCCAUCCUCCAAGACUACAUCCGCAGCAAAACCCUGGAACUCGCCCAAACCACUGUGGUCGGCGCUAGUAGCAGUACUACAUCCUCCGCCGGCGCCGCCCAAGGAUCCCUCCUCCCCUCCCUGUCCGAGUCAGCAGCAUCAGACGACUCCACCACUCUCAUCACCCACACCUACGACGACGAGCUCCUCUUCAUGCAGAACCUGUUUGCCACCAAGGAGCCUUCCCCUUCCCCUUCCCCGUCGGUAAUAACUCUCUAUGAUCAUGACAAUGCCGUCGCUUCUGCCAACGAUGACGUGGACGGUGCAGAGAUGAAGCCUUAUAGUGCUGCUGCUGCUGCCAUGGAGAGUAGUAACGGCCGCCACCUUUAUGCGGAUCUGUACCUGUACGAUCUCUUGAACGGAGGAGCAAUGUAUGCAUCCAGCUCCUCGUCGUUGGUUGCUGACGCUGUUGUGGGCUGCGGUGGAGUGGAGAACGGGGCUGGUGAGGGGAAGAAGGAGAUGGACUUGAUUGAGAUGCUUUCGUUUACUUCGGCCGGCUUGAACAGCAGGUAG